UGUGAAGUUUACCCCUAUCGACGAUCCAUGAAAUCAAAACCCUAAUCUUAAACCCGUAUUCGUCUGUGUCCAAACAUCGGAAGGAGGAAGAGGAAGAAGGAGAGAGAACAAAAAUGCCGCUCUACGACUGCAUGCUUCUGUUCAAGCCCGUUGUUCGGAGGGAAUCUCUCAUGGAUCUUGUUGCUCGCGUCGGGAGACACGUCUACAGCAGAAAUGGCGUCCUCACCGAGAUCAGAUCCUUUGGAAAGGUCGAAUUGGGUUAUGGUAUUAAGAAGCUUGACGGACGACACUACCAGGGGCAAUUGAUGCAGAUAACGAUGAUGGCGACUCCAAACAUAAACAAAGAGCUUCAAUACCUCAACAAGGAAGACAGACUGUUGCGGUGGCUACUCGUUAAGAACCGCAAUGUCCAAAUCGGGCAGGGUCAUGUGGCCGAUGAAGAUGGAAUUGCCGAUGCCAGAAAAUAUUCCGAAGACAGCAUAUUUGAUCAAGAAUCGGAGGAAGAGGAGAGCGAGGAUGAGUACGAGGACGAGCAGGAGCAGGGGAAUGAAGAGAGACUAAACUGAGUUAGGACACAAGUAGUUGCUUACUUCCUCAUAAUAAUCACUGUGUGUGUUACUUUAGGUUCCAUUCUGAGCAUAGAUCAGUUUGGUUCGGUUCGGUUUUCAAAUAACCGAACUAAUUGUCUACCCCUAAAUACAAUGGUUGGUAGUUCGGUUAUGAUUUUAAGAUUUAGGAUUUUGGGUUAUCCGAUUUCAA